AUCCUCUGUAUCUUUAAUCUCUCCUUUCUUUCAUUAAAAUUCCCCUCUCCCCCUCUGUUUUCCUACUUUUACAAAGAAAACUUCGCUUAACAAGGAUUUCGUGAACCUGUGAAUACUAGAAAUAGUUUACUAUGUUCCAUUGUAUUUUCAACGCAGAGUUUGCUUAACUUGGCUCUGGCAAUGUCAAUGAAAGGAUGAACAAUGGAAUAUUCAGACCCUUCUGCUCGUCACGUGCCUUCUGCACUUCGCUCAUCUCACCCCAUCGACCAUUUCCUCAAAACCAUGACUUUGCUUCUCCCUCUACUUUAUUAUCCACUGCUCUGCAUCAUUACAUUAAUUCCGACACUCCUACCCACGGCCAAAAGAUCCAUUCUCGCAUUCUAAAAUCUGGGUUUGUUCCAAACACCAAUAUUUCCAUCAAGCUACUUAUUUUAUACCUGAAAUGCAACUGUUUGAGAUAUGCACGACAGGUGUUUGAUGAUUUGCGGGACCGAAGUUUAUCUGCUUAUAAUUAUAUGAUUAGUGGCUAUAUCAAACAAUGUAAGGUUGAAGAGUCUCUUGGUUUGGUGCGUAGGCUUUUAGUGUCUGGUGAGAAGCCUGAUGGGUUUACUUUUUCUAUGAUUUUAAAGGCGUCUACUUCUGGGUGUAAUGUUGCCUUGCUUGGUGAUCUAGGUAGAAUAGUGCAUACCCAGAUCCUCAAAUCUGAUGUUGAGAGAGAUGAAGUUCUUUGUACUGCACUGAUCGACUCUUAUGUGAAGAAUGGGAGGAUUGCUUACGCUAGGACUGUAUUUGAUGUGAUGUCAGAGAAGAACGUGGUAUGCUCUACAUCCCUCAUCUCUGGUUACAUGAAUCAAGGGUCUUUUGAAGAUGCUGAACGUAUAUUUAAGAAAACUUUGGACAGGGAUGUGGUAGUAUUUAAUGCGAUGAUAGAAGGCUACAGCAAGACAUCCGAAUAUGCGAGGAGAUCUCUUGAAGUUUACAUUGAUAUGCAACGGUUGAACUUUAGGCCAAAUGUUUCUACAUUUGCUAGUGUAAUUGGUGCCUGUUCCAUGCUUGCAGCAUUCGAAAUUGGGCAACAAGUACAAAGUCAGCUCAUAAAGACUCCAUUUUAUGCUGACAUUAAACUGGGAAGUGCCCUUAUAGACAUGUAUUCAAAGUGUGGAAGAGUCUCAGAUGCUCUAAGAGUUUUUUACCACAUGCGUGUGAAGAACGUGUUUUCGUGGACAUCUAUGAUUGAUGGAUACGGGAAGAAUGGAUUCCCUGAUGAAGCACUUGAGCUAUUUGGAAAGAUGCAAAAAGAAUAUGGCAUUGUACCCAAUUAUGUGACAUGCCUUAGUGCUCUCUCAGCUUGUGCACAUGCGGGACUCGUGGAUAAGGGCUGGGAGAUCUUUCACAGGAUGGAGAAUGAAUACCUGGUAAAGCCAGGGAUGGAGCAUCAUGCGUGCAUGGUUGAUUUGUUAGGACGAGCAGGAAGGCUGAAUCAGGCUUGGGAAUUUGUCAUGAGGAUGCCCGAGAGACCGAAUUCGGAUGUGUGGGCUGCUCUACUUAGUUCUUGCAGACUCCAUGGUAAUAUAGAGAUGGCAAAAUUAGCUGCAAAUGAACUUUUUAAGCUGAAUGCUACUGGAAGACCAGGGGCAUAUGUUGCACUAUCUAAUACUUUGGCAGAUGCUGGCAAAUGGGAAAGUGUAACUGAGCUUAGAGAAAUAAUGAAGGAGAGAGGUAUAUCCAAGGACACUGGCCGAAGUUGGGUAGGAGCUGAUAAUGUCUUUUAGUUCAUAUAAAAGGAGCAAAGAUGCACUACGGCAUUUUUCUGUUAAACGAGGGCUUUUGCACGAAAUUAGGCAAAUUUCUAUGGAAUAUUACAAAAAUAGGCAAAUUUCUCUGGAAUAUUAUAAAAAUAGGCAAAUUUUGGAUCAAAGAGAAGUCG